GUAUUUGAUGAAUUAAAUUGAUAACUUAACUAUUAUUUAUAUAUUAAUGUAUUUUUAAAAUAAUCAUUUUUAUAUAUUUUGUAACUACUGGCGUACUACUUAACGUACCAUUAGUUUAGAAACAAAGUAAAAUACAAGUACUUAUUUAUACAUAACUUACAUAAAGUCUCUGCAUAGACAGAUAGGCAAACAACAUAUAUAUUUGUUAUCCAUAUCUAGAUAACUCAUAUCGAUCCCCUCUCAGUUAGGGAUGGCAACAAAUCCCAAACCCAUGGGUACCCACCCGACCCAACCCAGUCAACGCGGGUAAAAUCCGUGUUGACGGGUUUUGGGCCGGGUUUGGGUUUAAACCUGUUCAUUAUUCACCGGGUUGGGAUUGAGUUUAGGUAAACCCGACCCAUGGGUACCCGCCCACACUCAUAUAGUUAAUUUUCUCGGUAUAUUUAAUAUUCUAAACAACUAAUCUUAUUUAUGUUUGUGGAGACAUGUCUAAUUUUUUUCUUUCUAAUUGUGUAGAAUGAAGUUGAUGUCAUCGAGUGGAGAGUGAAUAAACUUAAUUAAAAGCAAGAAACUUUCAAUUAAUCAUGUUAUUUAUGGAUAAUUUGUGAUUUGCUUUAAUUUUAUUGAGUUUUCUAGAUUGGUGUUGAACAAUUUGUAUAGUUAAUUUGUGAUUUGCUUGAAUUUUCUAGAAUGGUGUUUUAUAUAUGGAUAAUAUGUAUUGAGAGAUUGAUAUUUAACUUUAAUUUUGAUAGGAACUUGUUAUUGUAAAUUUUUUACGACAAAAACCUGUGGGUACCCAUGAACCCACGGAUACCCAGCGGGUUGGGUUGGAUUUGAGUUUUUCAAACCCAGUGGGUUUUACCCCGGGUUUUUUUCACGGAUAAACCCAUGGAUUUGGGUUUGAGUUUGGCAAAACCCGACCCAAUGUCAUCCCUACUCUCAGUCAAAACGUGGAAAUUCGAAAUGACAUUGCGGCUAUAACUUGAAAUUAUAUUAUUUGUAGUUAAUUGAAUGUCACAGGAAUCUCACUUCUAUUUUGGGCAUGGUGUUUCAUUUUCAAACUGGAUUAGAGUUAGCCCAUCUGGAGAAAGGACUGUAUAUAUCUUCUAAUCUAUAUGUAAUGUGUAUCUCUUCAAGUUAGUCUUUCCUGUCUGUGGAUUAGUUAGCGCACAUUAUAUUAAUGUAUCACGUAAAUUUAUGUAUUCAUUACUUUCUUACAUUACCUAUUUCUAAAAAAAUUAUUUAUAUAUAACAUGCACAAAUAAGGUUUACUUCAGGCCUUGACAUUUGGCAACAUGCUUUAAUAAGCAACUAAAUACCUUUUCCUGUUACCAUUCUCACCCACUCCCCUAGAGGAAAUCGCCCUUAUCUCGGCUUAAGUAGACGACUUCAACAGGUUUAAGAACUUUGUGAGGCAGUGAAAACAAGACCAUUUCCUUUUUCUGAAUGGGAUUUGUUCGAAUAUAAAGAGAAGACCAUUCCAUGUUGUAAAAUGGGAUUUGUUCACAGAGUCAUUAUUUUUCAUACAUUUGGUCCGUGAAUUGUAUAUUCACCCCACCAAAGUCACCACCACAGUGACGUUUUGCUUUUUUUAAUACAAUUUACUAAUCAAACAUUUCAAACUUCUUAUUAAAUUAUUAGUAAAAUCUUUCAAAAUACAAAAUUAUUAGUCAAAUAUUAAACUUUGGAGAAUAUAAAAUAUUGCAAAUGGGGAGCCAACUAAGGUUCUAGUUAGUUGAAAGGAUGUUCCAAGAAAAAAAAAAUAUUCUCCGAUAUACCAAUGUGCAAUAAAAAAAUUGUGAGAAAGGAAACUUAGGAAGAAGGGAAAAGAAUAAAAAUAAAAUAAAAUAUUGGACUUACAAAAUCUACACCCAUGUAUCAUUAUUAUUUCGUGAUUGGUAAUCGUGUUUGCUAAAUCACAUCGUAUUAGCAUAUUAAAUAAAAAAAUCGACGGUUAGAGAUCAAAUUGGUAUUGAAUUUUAUGAGUAUGAACGAUUAUGGGUUUACAAUAUUAUCUUUAACUUAUCCGAUACCAUUUUCGAUAAGAUUUUCCAAUCCUUCAUAAUACCAUAUAUUUAACUUAGAGAACCAAAAUUAGUUAUGCCACCUUUUAAAACAUGCGAAGUCAAAGAUAAACCAUUUUUUCGGGAUAAUGUACUCUAAUUUUUCAUGCACCGGCUACAAUAAGUCAACAACAUUUUUUAAAAAUUGUAAUAAGAAGUCAAGAGUUUAACUCUUUAGUCAAUGAAAUGAUGUAAUUAUAAAAUAGUAACGAUUCCUUUUUCUAAAAAAAUUAACGUUCCAUUUUGAAGGCUUGUAAUUUACCGUUGAUCAGUCUUAAUUAUCGGAAAUUUGAAAUUAUGUAAGAGAUUAAAAGAAUGAGGAAACUGGAAAAAAAUACAUGCUAUCAAAUCAUUAUUUAAUUCUGCUGCAUAAAUGUUGAACUAUUAAUGGUAAAGAUAAUUAUUUGAAAAGAAGGAAAUGGUAAAGUUAAGAGAAUACAGUGAAUUCAGCCAAAGAAAUGUUCUUUUUUAGAAAUAGGAAAUUAGGAAUAAAGGAAAUGAAAUAUCUUAAGGAGGAAUAGGAACCAAAGAAAGAACAAAUUUGAGACCAUAAGCAAAUCACACAAUUAUGUCCUUUAUCAUUACUAAUUCUCUAUAGAUUAGCUGAUCUAUAGAUCACAAACUUAAAAAAUUUACCUAGUUGAUGUUCAAUCUUAAGUGAUAGGCUCAUUGCUUGUAAAAGAUUUACCUCGUUGUAUCAUACAUGUGUGGUUCUCUUUAGUUUCAGAUAAUUCAAAAUGUAAAGGUAUAUGAGGGAGCUCUUUUGAUAAGACAAGAGUCUUUUGUGUAACUGAAAAGAUUGAUUUUGGGAUAAUAUUUUUCUUAGUUUAUAAUUGUCUUUAUUUAACUAGAAAUUUUCCAUUAUUGAACAAUAUUUUUGCAUUUUUAAUUAUAAAUUCUUUUCAUGAAAAAAAUCAGUGUUAAGUUUAUGAUUAUAAUAAAUUCAUAAAAAAAUCCUAAAAUUUUGCAAGUAAUGUAAUUUCGAGUGGUGGUGUUACAGGAAAUUUCAGUGAAAAAGAUUAGGAUAAAAAGACAGGGAAAAGCUGAAGAAAUUGACCGUUCCCCAAAAAACCAAAUGAUAACUACAACAGGAAAAAACAUUCAUUAAUUACGAGGGAUUUGGUUUACUUAUAUAAAAUUUCAGUGAAAAAAACAUUAUACAAAUGCACGCCAUUGCUGUAUAGUGUAUACAUGGUGUCACGUUCCUAUCUUCCAAAUAAAAAACUCCCAAUAAUUUUUCUAACCCUCUACCAAAAAUACGAAAAAGGCACCAAAGUUCUCUCUCUCCUUCCGUUUUUUAAUACUCUCUCUCGUCAUCUCAUCCAACUUUUUACAGUUCAUACGGACAGACUCUGUCCAUCUCUGUACCAAUUGUAGACUAGACUAUAAUGUGGGAGGGAGAGGGAUGGAGCUCUACAUUGUAGAGAGAGAAUGGAAGUCUCCAUUGGUCUUUGGUACUGAGUCAAGCUAGAACAUGGGGUGACUCGGAAGGUUAUGCAGCUGGAGGAGAUCUAUCUCUCAAGUGUCUGAAACUGCUGCUCUUAAUCGACUUCUGGUUUUUUUUCCCCCUCCUCUUUUUGGGUAAGUUCUUGAUCUGAAAUGGCCUUAAAGUUUCCAUCUUUCGCAGUUUUUCUUCCUACCCAUUUGCUCGAACCUCAUGUUGUUUUGUGGGUCAAUGGCGGCGGCGGCAAACAGGCCACAUUUUUUUUUUCUUUUCAUUUUGGGGGUAUUUCCAUGUUAUUGUUCUUCCUUUGCCUUGCCUUGUCGUGUCUGGUUCUGUUUUCUUAAUUGUUGUUCAUGUUUUUUGUAUGUGUUCUCUUUGAGCCCUAGAAAUGUGGAUUCUGUUUCACAAGUUGUUCCUUUGAUUUGAUCCCUGAGGACUUAGGCUAGUUUGAACGCCUGGUGUUUUCCCCAGGAGGUGGUUCCAUCUGAAAUUUCCCUAUGACCUGUUCUUUCUGUUUAAUCUCUCUUUCUCACCUGCUGCACAUUCUUCUUCUGAUCUAUGAUUACUGAUACCUAUUGUUCUUCCCUGGUUUCUCUUCACAGUGUUACUAACUUGAAGGUCCAACUUCAGUUCAGCUCAUUUAUCUGCUUUUUUGGGAGAGUUCCAUUUUGCUACAGACUUGCUCCACCUUUACUUCAGAAGGUAUAAUAUCAAGAAUUUGAGACUCCGGAAACAUAUGAAAUUGUGAUUCUAUGUUGUUUUUGCUCCAACUCAGAUGAUUAUUUCUGUGUACAGGUACAGGAAAAAGACCGAGAAACAGGAAUUCGCAAAAGCCUAAUUAUAUAGGGGGAGUGGUUUAACAGAUCUACAGUUGUUACUCUGGCCUGGAUCCACUAUUGCAGUCUGUACUUCUGGUACAAAAACCAGUCUAUUGCAAGGUCCAAGCCACUUGCCCUUUUGUUGGUGGGUGGACUCAUGGCUACCCUAAUGCAUUCUGAGUCCAGGAGGCUCUAUUCUUGGUGGUGGGACAGUCACAUCCCCAAGAAUUCCAAAUGGCUUCAGGACAAUCUCACAGAUAUGGAUGCAAAAGUGAAAACGAUGAUCAAACUGAUAGAGGAAGAUGCAGAUUCAUUUGCUAGGAGGGCUGAAAUGUACUACAAAAAACGUCCAGAGCUGAUGAAGUUGGUGGAGGAGUUCUAUAGAGCUUACCGAGCAUUAGCAGAGAGAUAUGAUCAUGCAACGGUGGAACUUCGCCAUGCUCAUCGAACCAUGGCUGAAGCAUUCCCCGAUCAGGUGCCUCAUGGAUUGACUGAUGAUUCACCUUCUAGGCAGGAGGGUGAACCUCACACAUCAGAAAUGCCCCAUCCAAUUCAGGCUUCGCUAAGCCCAGAUGAAUGGGAACUCUCUUCAGCCAUUACAGAUAAUGGAGGUCUCAAACAGCUCAACAUGAUGUUUGGGGCUGAUUCAAAAGUUGCUGGAGGAAAGAUGAAGAGGGGUUCAAAGUUACCGAAGCAAACCGAAUCGGAACUAGACGUUGAGACCUUAAAGAAGACUCUUGGUGAGAUUCAAGCCGAGAAGGAAGCUGUUCUUCUUCAGUACCAACAAAGCUUGGAGAAGCUGUCUUGCAUGGAGAAGGAACUUAUGGAUGCCGGUGGGCUUGAUGAAAGAGCAAGCAGAGCUGAGAUCGAGAUUAAGAUCCUGAAGGAAACACUUGCCAAGUUAGAAGCCGAGAGAGAUGCUGGGCUGCUUCAGUACAACCAAUGCUUGGGAAACAUAUCAAGCAUGGAGAAUAUGAUAUCUCAGAAUCAGGAGCAUGCUAAGGGGCUCAAUGACCGGGCAAUGAAAGCUGAAACAGAAGCACAGAGACUCAAACGAGAGCUUUCAGGAUUGGAGUCCGAGAAGGAAGCUCGUCUUCUUCAGUACAACCAAUGUAUUGAAUUGAUAUCUAUUCUGGAGAAAAGAAUUGCAUUUGCUGAGGAAAAUGCCAGGAUGCUUAAUGAGCAAACUGAGAAAGCUGAAACUGAAGUUAAUUCAAUGAGGCAAGCUAUUGAUGAAUUAAAGUGCGAAAAAGAAGCUGCUGAACUAAGGUACGAACAAUGCCUUGAGAAAAUAGCGAUGAUGGAGAAUGAAAUAUCUCGAGCUCAAGAGGAUGUCAAGCAACUGAUCAGUGAAGUUGAGAUGGGUGCAGCAAAACUUAAAGGUGCAGAAGAACAUUGUUUUUUGUUGGAGAGGUCGAAUCGGUCUCUGCGGUUAGAGGCUGAAACUUUGGUCCAAAGGAUAGCAACAAAGGAUCAAGAACUCUCGAACAAGGAAAUAGAACUGGACACGCUUCAUACUUUACUGGAAGAGGAGAAAUCACAGUUUGCCCAAGUUGAAGCCAGCUUGCAAACUUUGCAAAAGCUGCACUUGCAGUCGCAAGAGGAGCAGAAAGCCUUGGCAGUAGAGCUGGAAAACAAGCUUCAAAUGUUGAAAGAGUUGGAGUUGAGCAACCAGGAAUUGCAAGAUGAUCUGCAUCGAGUCAAGGAUGAGAAUCAGAGCCUCAAUGAGUUAAACAGUUCUUCCAGCAUUUCCAUAACGAACUUGUACAACGAAAUUUCUUGCUUGAAGGAAAUGAAGGUGAAACUUGAAGUGAAACUUGCAGAGCAAGUAAGCCAAACUGAUUCCAUGCAACAGGAGAUUUCUCGUUUGAGGCACGAGAUUGAUGGCUUGAAUAGUAGGUAUCAGGGUUUAAUGGAGCAGAUGUGGUCUGUAGGUCUGAAUCCUGCUUGUCUUGGCUCAUCUGUUAAACACUUGCAAGAUGAAAACUCCAGGCUAAGAGAAGUUUGUGAAAAGGAUGAACGUGAGAAGGAAGUUCUGCAUGAGAAGUUGAAGGCUACAAAUCAGCUCCUUGAGAAGAAUGUUGCCAUGGAUAGAUGUCUUUCAGAAAUGAAUGAAAAACUUGAAGGGUCAAGAGAAAACGUGAAGGAGUUGCGGGAAUCUUGCCAGCUCCUUCAGGGAGAAAAAACGGGGCUUGUAGCUGAAAAGGGAAUUUUGCUCUCCCAGCUACAGCUCAUGAAUGAGCACAUGCAGAAGCUCAUUGAGAAAAAUACCCUGGUUGAGAAUUCUCUCUCUGGUGCCAAUAUCGAGCUUGAGGGUCUCAAGACAAGGAGCAGAAGCUUAGAAGAAUUGUGUGAAAUGCUCAAGAACGACAAAUCCAACCUUUUGACUGAAAAAAGCACAUUGGUCUCUCAGCUGGAAGCUGUUGAACAAAGACUUGGAAACCUUGAAAGGAGGUUCACAAGACUGGAAGAGAAGUACACUGAUCUGGAAAAGGAGAAAGAAUUCACACUCUUCCAGGUCAAAGAACUGUAUGGAUACCUUGGAAUAGAGAAACAGGAGCGUGCAUGCUACAUACAGUCUAGUGAAUCUCGGUUGGCUGAUCUACAAAACCAGGUGCAUGCAUUGCAAGAAGAAAGUCAGCUGAGGAAGAAAGAAUUUGAAGAGGAACUGGAUAAAGCUGUAAAUGCACAGGUUGAGAUCUUCAUCUUACAGAAGUUCAUCGAAGAUUUGGAACAGAAGAAUUUCACACUGUUGAUUGAAUGUCAGAAACAUGCUGAGGCUUCAAAACUAUCAAACAGUGUGAUAUCAGAGCUGGAGGCUGAGAAUCUGGAGCAGCAGGUGGAAGUGGAGUUCUUGUUGGAUGAGAUCGAGAAGUAUAGAAUGGGAGUUCAUCAAGUUUUUCAGUCACUUCAGUUUGAUCCAAUCCAUGAUCAUGAACAAGGAAUUGAUGAAGGAAAAGUUUCUUUUGGGCGUAUGCUAGACAAUAUUGAGGACAUGAAGAGCUUGCUCCAGAGAGAGGAAGAUGAGAAGCAAUUAAUGGCCGUUGAGAACAUGGUGCUCUCAACUUUGUUUGAUCAAUUGAGAUCGGAAGGUGCUGACCUUGAGUCACAGAAAAAAGUUCUGGAGACGGAGUACAAUGCAAUGACAGAAAAGUUCACCGUGGUUGAAAUGGAAAAUCACGAACUUCAGGAGAUGAGCAAGCAAUUGGAAAUAGAACUGAGGAAAGGUGAGGAACAGAAGGGAGAACUAAAAGCUUCGUUGGAAACUCAGCAUUUGAACCUGGAAAGCUUGCAAGGUUCUUACAUCUCACUCAAAGCAGAAAACUUUAACAUGAUUGAAGAAAAGGAAUCUUUACGGAUGAGAUUCUUAGAUCUGAAAAGGGAAAUGAAGAAAGUUGAUGAAGAAAACAGCAACAUCAUUCAGGAAGCAGUAUGUUUGGCAACUCGCUCAUCUGUUUAUGAGAGCUUUGGAAUGCAGAAAGCUGAGGAGCUUGAAGCAGUUUCUGGAGAACUUGAUCAUCUCAGCUCUGUUAACAGUAAACUCAACAAGAAGAUAGAGGACUUGGAGAAGAUGCUUGGAGCAAAACAAUCAGAGUGUUUGUAUCUCAACGAAACAAUCAAGAAGCUGCAGUGUGAGUUGCAGGAAGGCCAGGACUUGAAUGAUCAGUUGAACUGUGAAAUUCUGAUUGCCAAGGACUUUUUGGGAAUGAAAGCAUCAGAGCUUUUAGAAGUAGAGCAGAAGCUGAAAGCUACGCAGGAGGCCAAUGGUGAACUAUGCAGAACAAUUGAGGAGCUGGAGAGGGAAUCUAAGGAAUCCGUUGCAGACAAGGAAAAGUUAGAAAACCAGAUUGCUGAGUUGUCCAAAGACAAUGCAAACCAGAAACGAGAAAUCCAACAGCUUCAUGCAGCAAAUCAAAAUCUGCAGUCAGAAGCGAGCACAUUGCAGAAAGAGAUUGAGGAACACAGGGUUAGAGAGGAGACCUUGAGCCUGGAGUUACAGGAGAGAAGCAAUGAGUCCGAACUCUGGGAGGCCGAGGCUUCAUCGUUCUUCUUCGACCUACAGAUAUCAUCCGUUCACGAGGUUCUUCUCGAGAAGAAGGUUCAUGAACUCUCUGCAGUUUGUUCAACCCUUGAAGAUGACAAUGCCACAAAAGAUGCUGAGAUUGGACAGAUGAAGGAAAAGUUCUUUUCUUUGGAAACUGAAAUGGUGGGGCUGAAGUCUCAGUUAUCUGCAUAUGCUCCAGCAAUAGCUUCAUUGAAAGAUAACAUUGAAUCCCUCGAGCAGAAUGCUCUACUUCUGUCAAAGCUUCCCUCUUCUUCAGUUUGUGACCAAACCCACAAGGACAAUGAUAUAGCUUCUGAUGAUCAUUCAAGUGAGGCAAGAGAUGGGAUCUCCGAUUUGCUGAAGAUGCUACCAAGAGUUAAAACAGUGGAGAAAGCCAUGCUUGAAGAGAUGAGCAGGCUAGAAGCCGAGAAGGCCACAGCAGAGAAGGAGAAGCUUGAAACCCAUGAGAAAGUGAAGAAGCUAAGGAGGAGAUCAUCAAGAAGCAGGGGAGACAGCUUCCAUAGUUUCGAUUCAAACGACAGUGCUCAUAACAACAACUUGCAGAACAAGCACCACCACGACCAACCAUCCGAGAUAGCACCACCAUCACCUGAAAUAAAGAACAACAUCAGCAGCAGCAAUGGCGGUGUCUUGAUGAAAGACAUUCAACUCGUUAGUUCUUCUUCCUCGCGCAGGAGGAGCAGGAGAGUCUCGAGAGCCGACGAUCAAAUGCUCGAGCUCUGGGAAUCCGCAGAGAAGGAUAACGCAGGCCCAGCUCCCCCACUACGGCUGUUGAGUCGAAAUCCAUCAUCCAGAGUUUCGAAGCAGCACAAAACACCCUCAAUUCCUUCUUCUGAGAAGGAAUUAGGAAUUGAUGAUAUAAAGCUGGAGGUUGUACCAACUAAAGAGAAGAAGAGAUCACCCAAUGGAGGCAAGAUCAUGGAGAGGCUUAACUCCGACGGCAAGAAACUGACGUCGCUCUACACAUCCGUGCAAGACAUGAAAAACAAGGUGGAGACUACAAAGGGAAAUGACGUGGAGCUCGAGAAGCUGAGGACUCGGCUGCAGGAAGUGGAAGUAGCUAUUGUGCAGUUAGCAGAGGCUAACGAUCAGCUGAGGAAAGGUGUCCGCAGCGGCACAUCGUCUCCGGAAGAGAUAAUGGUUAAAGCGGAGAGCAACGGGGUGACGGAGCAGGCAAGAAAAGGGUCGGAGAAGAUUGGGAGGUUGGAGUUCGAGGUGCAGAACAUUCAGUACAUUCUGCUGAAGCUAGAUGAGAAGAGCGGGGAGACGAAGAAGAAGAAGGGUAAUGUGCAGCAGAGGUUUUACGGGAGCAAGACGGGUGUUCUGUUGAGGGAUUUUAUCAGCAGUGGUGGGAGGAGGAGGAGUUUCAGGAGAAGGAAGAAGGGUUGUUUCUGUGGUUGUGGGAGACCGGCCACCAUUGAAGAGGAAUGAGACAGGAAGGAGACCGACUGUUGUUUCUACCUUUCUUUUGUUGUAAUAUUUGUAAUGUAGCUGUUGAAACUUGGGAGGAGAAGAAGGAUUUGUCAUGUUGUUCUUGUGUGUAACGAACAAAGGAUAUCUUUCUCCUGUGUAGUUUAUCUCAGCUUUUUUGGAGCUUAUUUCCUGUGGUGGUAGAACAGUAAGUUUAGGUUGGAUUUUAUGUAGGGAAGACCAUAAGUGAUAAAUAAAUGGAAUCAGUCAGC